AAUUGUAGUUUUAAAAAAUCCCUUCAAGUUCUCAAUUUCUUUCUAAAUUAAAAUUCUUCUUUUGAAAGAAUGGCAGAUAACUCCCAGAACAUGAGCUACCAGAUUGGAGAAGCCAAGGGUCAAGCACAGGAGAAAGCAAGCAAUAUGAUGGAGAAGGCGAGUGAUGCAGCUCAAUCAGCUAAAGAAUCAAUACAAGAAGGAGGACAGCAGAUGAAGGCCAAAGCACAAGGUGCAGCUGAUGCUGUCAAGGAUGCCACCGGAAUGAACAAAUGAACAAGCCACUACUAUGAAUAUCACAUAUGAUAGCUUUACAAAAACAAAAUGCUAUCGUAUAGACUUUCUAUAGCGUUUUAUUUUCACUUUCCCGUUUGAAGCUCCUUAUUGCUUCCUUCAUUUUAGGUUUUCCUUGAGCUAUAUUAUAGCUAUUUCUUGUGUUCUCCUCUCAAUAAGAAUAAAAGAUAAUUGAAGAAGGUUCAACUUAUGCUGUCAAGGA